GGCUCCUACGCCGACUGUGCUUUGGUCGCACUCAAGUGAGUUUAAUGACAGCAGAAUGGCGCGCGCGGGGAAAUUCUGCUACGCGAGAGAGGGUCUCAUUUUGUGGUAAGAAGCAGCUCAGAAAUCGUGCCACCCUCCCAGGUUCCGCUCGCUUGUACAAACUUGAUUUCAAUGCUUGGGCACCGACCUUGGCGUGUGCGAGAUGCAACCACCUUGCGGUGCUCAUCAACCUCAGUGACUCACCGAGUCGGAAGAAUUCGUCUCCCAUCAAGUCAAAUAUCAGAGUCUGGUUGCUCGCUUGGCCGGAGCGAGCUCGCAUGGAGCCAAGGAAAGGACCAAAAACCGGUACGAAACUAAUAAUAAAAUUUCAUGCAUGCAGGUGUCGAGCAGACAUGGCCAAAAAGCCACCCGGCACGCAUCCGACGAAAUGGCACCUUCCACUGGAGAUACAGCAUGUCGCGCCGCAGUCGAGUAUUUCGGCAUUUCCGACCAAGCCAGACACUGCAGAUGAUUUAUUCGGUUAUGAAUGUAAUAAAUCAGUACGCACGGAGAGCCGAUGUGGUACCGCCACGAGCUUCGACGGUGGAAUGUCACAUCGGGCGUCUACGCUAAGAGCUCUUGAGAACCUUCGGGUGAAGCUGCUCCCGUCGAUAGUGUUGAGUUCCUCCAUGAGACUGUGAUGAUUGACCAUCACGAGUGAGAUCGGGGAUGACGUGGCUCUCGCAUUUGACUACUGUAGGACAACGAGCGAAUAUUGUAUGCAUGUCAGGCCACGCUGCCUCCACAAUGCGUUCGGCGUUCUGUGCCUCGACACUGCAGCAUGCACACAAUAUCGAUUGAGAGCACAU